UCAGGUCAACCUUUUGACUCGGCCCUUACAGGUGGGACCAGGCGACAGAGACGGCCAAUUUUAUUCAGACCGUUGCACGCGUGGCUUGUGGGACCCAGCAGAGAGCCGUUGGCGGGUGUGCUAUAUAAGCGGGCGACAGCGGCGGUGACCACAGCGACAGAGAGCACGACGAUGACCACGGCGAGAGAGAGAGCACGACGGCGGGAAGCUAGCUGUGGAGGGCGCGGCGGUGGGAAGCUAGCAGUGGAGGGCGCGGCGGCGUUGAGAUCCCCUUCGGCUCCGAGCUCCAUGUCUUCCUCAAGCUCCCGCGCCACCUCGCGGAUGCAGAGCCGGGCGCAUGUGGACAUGCCUGUCUUCGUCUAUCCGCGGUGCCGGGCGGGCGUUGAUCGGAGGGUUUCUCAGACACCGAGGAACCAGAAUCGUCCGUUCUACGUGUGCGACGAGAAUGGGGUGACAGGCUUCUUUCUUUGGGUCGAUGCUCUGGCCAAGACUCCGAUGAAUGAACUGCAAGAAGAGCAUGAAGUAUGGUUGUGCAUGCUGCCACGAACGGCAGUGGCCGCACCACGAGCUCCGGAAGAAGAGAUGGAGGGCAAAGCACGCACUGACAAAGAGCUAGCUGUUGAGCUUAGGAUGUUGAAGAAGAAGGUUAGGAAGCUUGAAGAUCAAGCACUACCAAUACCCACUUGCAAAUACUUUUGGGCAUUUGUAGGUAUGGUAAUCGCACUGGUUGUAAUGUUGAAAAUGUAUGGAAAGACAUGAAUUAUGGAGGAACUUGUAA